AUGCGCCGAGGGGGAAUCGAACCCCCGGCUCCCCGACGCUGCUUGAUGGCAACGGAGAAUUUUACCACUAAACCAUCGGCGCUGAUGAUUAUGGAACAUGAGUUCCACUUGAUGCUCGUCACCAAGCGAGGAGAAACCUAUGGAGCGCUAACUCAUUUUGGUGGGUAA